UCCUCCAAUUCGACCCAUAACAAAAUCGAAGUUUCUCUCUCGUCAGCAGCUGCGAUUCUCCGAGUUCCCCUCUCAAGCUGAAAGUUGGGAUUUUGAUAAAGGAAUCAAGCAAGGGAGAGAGAGAAAAGAGAUGCCUCACAGAACUCGGCCAAUGACGGGGCUACUGGUGUUCAUGGGAGUGAAUUUGGUGCUGGCCUCCACAAUCACUCCGGUCUACGAUUUCGUCUGCUUUCAUCCCUAUUGGGAGAGAAGAAGAGAGCGGCUCAGGAAGGAGCGUGAAGCUGUUACGGCAAACAGUUCCCAAUCUACUUGAAUAUUUUAUUUGUAUAUGUAGAAUUUACUCUGAUGUUAUCUUUCUUUCUUCGCUACAUCUAUGAUUCAAUACUAAAUUAUUUGGCUGCCUACUGUUUUCCCUCUCUUUGCAGGUUAUGCUAAUGUGUCUGUGAAGGACUAAAAGAAUCAUAAGACGUUCAAGCCUUUCACGUUCCAAGUUAGGUUCCAGUACGGUAUUCAUAGCUCAGUGUCAUUAAGAUCAGUGAAAUCUAACCCUCAAAUCAUUAACUUUGUGAGCAAUACCCCUAAAAUCAACAAAUUGUCAACUUGGUGCUGAAAUUUUGAUUAUUUUGUUAAUAAUUUUUACAUUGCGGUUAUAAAUUAGCUUAUCAAAGUUGAGGAUUAAUUGCUUU